ACCGCGUCGGGUGUUGGAGGAAGCGUCCGCUGGUCUCCGCGGAGGCAAGGGCCACGUACCCGCGUACCGUGGGUACGGUAGGAACUAGGGAGAAGACGAUCGUCAAGAUAAAGUCAGUGGGAGCGGUGAUCCAGGAUGCGCGGGAACGGGUGGUGCCGUUAGUGGUGUCAAACGGCUCGUCGGAGGGGCGCGUGGAACGGGGAGGGGGCCACGAGCACGGCCCCCUGCAAAAGGGCCCGGUGGAUGGUGGUGUAGCUCGCGAGCAGCCAUCGUCGGCGGUGGUACCCGGUGCUGGUCGCGGCGACUCGCGGAUCGGCACGCGCGUGGAUCGUCGUGACGCGGAUCGUCGCGAGAGGAUCGAGCGGUGCGGGGAGGGCGUUGGCGCGACGGAUGCCGGUCGAGGGGCUGGCCCGGCCACGGUGGACACGGAGCAGUCGAGUCGGGGUGUAAUCGUCGGGGGAUCGAAAGGCCGCGAGGCGUCGAGGGUCGAGGAUCGAGGCGGUGGCGCGGCAUCGUCGAGCGAGACGCCCGUGUUGGUCCACCAGUGGCGCGAUCAGGAGGCGGCAGCGUUGGAUCUGCAUUUGAUAGGGGGGGAGAGCGGUGGGCCGGAGGUGGUCCGUUCGAAGCGGGCGAGGAACGGUUGCUCGUCCGAGAGCGGGCUCGUAGGCGAGGCGCUGUUGGAGAGGAGGGGGGUGUGCUCGGCGCAAAGGCACGGUAGAUCGUCGAGCGGCGGGAUUUCGGGGAGGCAUCACGCGGAGAACGCGCGUAGGUGCACCGCAGCCGCCGCCGCCGCCGCCGCGACCACCGCCGCGACCAACCGAUCGUGCCGGGUUCAUGGUCGAAGGAGGGAUCGGUCACGGGGAAAAGCGACGGAACAGCGACACCCGGCUGAGAAUACGCGGGAUUUGACGUCGAACGAGUACGAGUGUUCCGUGAUACGAUUGGAACAGGAUCCUAUCCUCGAGCCGGUGAGGAUACUCGGUUGCCCGCCGAGCGAGGGGUUGGAGAUCUCCUCGUUCUUGGAGCCGGCCCCGAGUUACGUUUACCAGGGCAUCAACGUCGGUCGGCUGGCGGGGAACGAGGCGGCCUGCUUCAGCCUCUACGACCCGAACAAUAUUCUGCCGAAGAGCCGCGCUGGGAGCAUCGCGAAGAUCCUCGAGGGGCCUAAUCGUGCCGUGAAGGACAUUAACCGGAAGGUGUUGGCGAUGGCGCGUGCCAUGACGCCGGCCUGGUCGCUGCGUUUGCUCGGCGUCAGCUGCGGUUCCGUGGUCUGCGCCUGGGGACUCUUGCUGAUAUUGUCCGUGCUGGGCGGUGGCGCCUCUCACGGUACCGCCCUCGGUAGCUUCGGCCUCGGAAGUUUGUCGGGUGCGAUGGAGGACAUGAACAGUGCCAGAUGCCCGUGGUUGUGCACGUGUACCGGACAGGAGGUCGACUGCUCUCAUCGUGGCCUCACGCAGAUUCCCGGGGACCUGGUCACGUUUCUCGUCGCUGAAAAACUGGAUCUCCAAGGGAACAAUAUCUCGGUGAUAUUCAAGACCGACUUCGAGGACAUGGCUACGCUUCACGUUCUUUGGCUAUCGAAUAAUCAAAUUCACACCAUUGAAAGAGGUGCCUUCCAGGAUCUAGUUGGUGUCGAGAAGCUGCGCCUUAACAAUAAUCAAAUACGUCACCUACCCGAUCUUCUCUUUAGCAACAUGAUGAAUUUAAAGCGUCUAGACCUUAGCCACAAUCAAAUCGCCACGAUUGGACCAAAGACACUCAGAGGAAUUUCAUCUUUAAAAUAUUUAUUACUCGACAACAAUGUGUUAACCUGCAUCGAUGAAGCAUCAAUACGAGAAUUAAAGGAUUUGGAAAUACUAAUGUUGAACAAUAAUAAAUUAACAACAUUAGGGAAGGAAAUGUUGAAUGGCUUUUCGCAUUUGCGAACGUUGAAACUGGUGGACAACCCAUUAUCCUGCGAUUGCCACUUAGCCUGGCUCUCUCGGCAUUUAAAAAGUUAUCCGAGACUUGGCCAACACACAAAAUGUGCCUCUCCAAUUCAUUUGAAGGAUCGAAAUAUCGCCGAUGUACAGGAGCACGAGUUCAAAUGUUCUGGGCCGGUUGAGCGUACAGGAUCAGAAUGCAGCGCAGAACCGCAAUGCCCGCAUCCUUGCAGAUGCGCUGAUGGUAUCGUCGACUGCAGGGAGAAUUCUUUGACGAAAGUACCCACUCAUCUCCCGGAGGACACGACCGAAUUACGUUUGGAGCAGAAUCGUAUCACGGAAAUUCCGCCCAAGGCUUUCUCCCCGUACAGAAAACUGCGUAGAAUCGACCUCAGCAACAAUCAAAUUAAAAAGGUGGCGGCCGAUGCGUUUCACGGGUUGAAAUCAUUGGAAUCACUAGUAUUGUACGGAAACAAAAUCACCGAACUGCCUAGCGGAUUGUUCCAAGGAUUGACCAAUUUGCAAUUGCUGCUGCUGAACGCGAACGAGAUAUCCUGCAUACGAACCGAUCUGUUCCGAGAUCUGACCAGCCUCACUCUGUUGUCCCUCUACGAUAACAACAUCAGAUCCCUGGCCAAUGGAACUUUCGCCAAUCUACGAAGCAUUGAAACGCUACAUUUGGCAAGGAACCCGUUCAUCUGCGACUGCAACCUACGAUGGCUGAACGCGUAUCUUCACGCGCAUCCCAUCGAGACGUCGGGAGCCAAGUGCGAGUCGCCGAAGAGGGCGCAGAAGCGGAAGAUCGAUUCGAUGCGGGACGACAAGUUCAAAUGUAAGGGCGACGAGGAGCUCUUGACGAAGAGAGCGGGCGAGUGUAUCCUGCCUGGAGAGUGUCCAGAUCCAUGCGUUUGCAACGGAGCAACCGUCGAUUGUUCGAACAAGAAGCUCACUUCCAUACCGAAGGAAUUGCCUAUUUAUACGUCCACCCUGCUGUUGGCCAACAAUGAGCUGGAUAAGAUCAAAGCUGAUGGCCUGUUCGAGAAGUUGCCCGAGUUGCAGCAUUUGGACCUUAGGAAGAACAAAAUAUCGCGCAUCGAGGCGUCCUCGUUUCAGGGCGCUCACAAGCUGACCGAUUUAUUGUUGUCGGAGAACAGGCUGAGGGAGGUUCACAACAAGAUGUUCACCGGGCUGACGAAUCUUAAGACCCUGAACCUGCACGGGAAUGCCAUAACCUGCGUUAUGCAAGGCUCGUUCGACGGAUUGACGCAUAUACGCACCAUCAACAUGCAAGGCAAUCCUUUGUCGUGUAAUUGUCAUCUCGCGUGGUUCGCCGGAUGGUUGAGAAAACGCGAAACGCCGUUGUCAGGCGUCGUUGGACACUGCCACGACCCACCAAGAUUGAAAGAUGCGAUCGUCAAAGAUAUCCCCCAUCACGAGUUCAAAUGCAACAACGACAGCGUGGGUUGCCUAGGAGACGAUUACUGUCCACCCCAAUGUAAUUGCGCCGGCUCGGUGGUGAGAUGUUCGAGAUCUCAGCUUACGGAGAUACCACGUGGGAUUCCGCCGGAAACCACCGAACUGUAUUUGGACGUGAACGACAUCAAGACGAUCCAGCCAGAGAGGCUGAACCACCUGAGGAUUCUCACUAGAUUGGAUCUGAGCAACAAUCAGAUCGGGAUGCUGUCCAACGAUACCUUCAGAAAUCUCACCAAAUUGUCCCACUUAAUUAUCAGCUACAAUAAGUUACAAUGUGUCCAACGUAACGCUCUGGCCGGCUUGAAAUCGCUGCGGAUAAUGUCUCUGCACGGUAACGACAUAUCGGUGAUCCCGGAGGGGGCGUUCGAGGAUCUUCAAUCUAUAACCCACCUCGCUCUUGGGUCCAACCCGCUCUACUGCGACUGCAGCAUGCGAUGGUUGGCCGAAUGGGUGAAAAAGGAUUACGUGGAGGCAGGUAUAGCGAGAUGUAUGGAGCCUCCAGCGAUGAGGGACAAGCUGUUGCUCACGACACCUGCGACCGCAUUCCAAUGCAAAACCAACCAACAGCCAGCCGAGGUCUUGGCCAAGUGCGACCUGUGCUACACCUCGCCAUGCCAGAACGGAGGAUUUUGCGAGGCGCUCCCGGACCGGAAGUUCCGUUGCAAAUGCGCGCCAGGAUAUCAUGGGGACAGGUGUGAACAUAAAAUUGACGCGUGCUAUGGAAAUCCUUGCGGGAACACCGGAACUUGUAAAGUAUUGGAAGAAGGAAGAUUCAGUUGCGACUGCGCCCCCGGGUACAAGGGACUUCGAUGCGAGAACAACGUCGACGACUGCGAGGACAACAAGUGCUCGAAUAACUCAACCUGCGUCGACCUCGUACAAGCCUACAGAUGCGAGUGCGCCCCAGGAUUCAUGGGCGAGUACUGCGAGGAGAAGAUACCCUUUUGCACAAAAGGGCACGACCCCUGCGAGAACGGGGGCCGGUGCGUCGACCACGGGACCCACUAUAGCUGCGAAUGCCCAAUCGGCUUCACCGGCCUUAAUUGCUCCACCAACCUGGAUGACUGCGUUGAUCAUAUGUGCCAGAACGGUGCUACUUGCAUCGACGGCAUAAACAAUUACGAAUGUAAGUGCGCGGCGGAUUAUACAGGGAGAUAUUGCGAGGCCGCACCAUCGACAGUCAUGCUCUACCCGCAGACUAGUCCGUGCGCGCAUCAUGACUGUCAGCACGGUGCAUGCUUCCAACCUGCUCCCGCUUCCGCCGCGGACUACCUUUGCCAGUGCCACCCCGGCUACACCGGAAAACGAUGCGAGUACCUGACGAGUUUGAGCUUCGUGGACAACAGCUCGCUGGUCGAGCUGGAGCCGCUACGCACGAGGCCUGAGGCGAACGUGACCAUCGUGUUCACGACCACGCAGGAAAACGGGGUUCUCCUCUACAACGGUCAGAACGGCGAUCACAUCGCCGUCGAAUUGUUCAACGGCCGCGUAAGGGUCUCGUACGACGUUGGCAAUUAUCCAACCUCGACGAUGUACAGUUACGAAAUGGUCGCCGAUGGUAAACCUCACGUGGCCGAGCUUCUCGCGAUCAAAAAGAAUUUCACGAUGAGGGUCGACAAUGGAGCGGCUAGGAGCAUUAUCAACGAGGGUCCUAAGGAAUAUCUGAAACUCGUCGCGCCCAUGUACGUUGGCGGCGUCGCGCCGGAAGUCGCCAACGUCGCGUUUACCGAGUUUCAUCUGCGGAACAUCACCAGCUUUCAAGGCUGCAUCUCGGAGAUGUGGAUCAAUCACAAGUUGGUAGACUUCAGCAAUGCAGCGAAGAUGCAUCGCGUAACUCCCGGCUGCAUGUCAAACGAGGAAGAAGCUGACGAGGCACGGGACGUCGUGGAAGCGGAAGGAAUUAUGGGCAGCAGCAACGAGGAAUCAUUGCCACAAGAGGGGAUGGCUCACGAGCAUUCCGACAUCGUUAUGACGGGACCUGGCACGAUAAUUUCCGAUCCGUGCACGGGACACGAGUGCAGAAAGGGGUCGCAGUGCGUGCCAUCGCCGAUCGGAAAUGGAUACACGUGCCGGUGUCAAACUGGGUGGCAAGGACGGUAUUGUGAGAAAGCACCGACGUGUCGCAAGGAGCACACCAGGGAGUAUUAUAGCGAGAACGGAUGUCGGAGUCGACGACCAGUAAAACUUGCCAAGUGUUGGGGUAGUUGUGGCAACUCUUGCUGUCUGCCGAGGAAAACGAAACGGCGCAAGGUACGAUUGAUCUGCGCCGACGGGAUGCGGUACACGAAGGACGUCGAUCUGGUGCGCAAAUGCACGUGCACCCGGAAAUGCUACUAGCCAGGACCGAAACACGCCGAGCGCCACAGGUGUUCCAUAAAUAAGCGUCGAGACGUAUCGAGACCGAGAGGAAACCCCCGAGAACCGUUCAGACAGUGCCCCAAUUCGAACUUUCUACGCGCACGGGUGAUGUGGCGAGAGUCGAUCGCGGAUCCGUGGAUACGAAUCUUCCUCGGCGCGUCCUCGUCGAACGCGUGACGAAAGUCUAAGGGGGCCGCGGGACUGCCAGGCCUGAAUGAAAAAAAGAAAAAAAAAUAAAGAAAAAAGAAAAUAAUUAACGAAAAAGAUGGACACAUACACACACACACUCGCAAAAAGAAGAAGAAGAAGAAGAAGAAGAAGAAAUAAAACAGCACACAGCCGGCUCAGUGUGAUAUUAUUAUUCGAAACGUGGAAGAAAGAUAUUAUAUUAUGUGCGCGCGUUAGGAUCGAUGGAACUAAAGAAUAUUUGGGGAGGAGGAUAAAACGGUAUCGACGCAUACGGGGCUAGAUAUUAUUGUAUUAAUCGACGUAUGCUCGACGAUCGGAGAGUGGAAAAUUGAUUGGAGAGAACACGGACCGACACGAAACGUGUUCCCAACAUUGUUCCCUUCAAUACCACGCGCAUGAAUCGUUCGCUCAGUGUGAAAUAGAUCUAAUGGAUUACGAUUGGUAGUUGGGUGGUAGUGGAUGAAGUUGAGGUACGAUCAAUUUUUUUGUAACGAAUUUCACGCUUAACGAUUAUCGAUCUCUCAGAGAAUUCCUCCUUCUCCUUCGACCCAGCCGAUUCGUCGAAAGGGGAGGGGAAUUUUUUAUUAUUAGCUCGAUGAUAAUAAAUAAUAACGGUGAACAAUUUUCGAAAUGAUGAUCGUCUAGGGGAACGUUGUUGUUAACCUAAAUUCUCAACCUUGUACGUUGUCAUUGUCGCGCAAGCUUCGGUUUCUCGAUGAUAAACGAGGAUUUGAGAGAUCUGAGAGAUCGAAAUUUCCGCGAUUCGAAAUUUCACAGUUUCCAUCCGGGAAUCUGAUGAUAGCGGAUGAAAGCUUUAGGCUUUUAGAAGCGUGCUGAGCUUCGCGCAACUAUUUUCCGAAUCCUGACUAUUUGUAAUUGUAACUAAAUGGGCGCAAAUCGGCGAGAUACGAAUGAAAGAGAUUAGAAAGGAACGAGCAGCAUGUGUAAAAGACAGUCGCUAAGUUAAGUAUUAAAGACACACGGUGUAACCGAGUUUUCGUGUUUCUUUCAACAAAAUUUUCCCCAAUUUAAUCGUGAAAACUCGACGGAUUGUUAGGUCUAUUGUCCUCUGAGUAAACGUUUGUAACAAAUACAAGUUCUCGAACAGGCAGUUGUGCAAAAUGAUGAUCGGUAUCUGGCAUAAUAUAACGACACAUGCAUACACACACACACACACACACACACACACACACACACACACACACACACAUGUAUACGUACACGAGCAAACAUCGAAUGAUCAAUCGAAAAUGGUCAAUCAAACAGACAAUUUCCAUCAUUUCGAUUCCGUUUCGUUUCGUUACUAUCUAUUUUAAUUAUCUCUAAUUAUCGUUUAAGCUUACUAUUUCUACGAAGAGUUAACCUCUCGAUAUUUAGUAAUGGGAUAAUUUAACGCAGAAAAACAGUAUAUGUAAAAAAAAAAAAGCGUAUCGCGUGUUUCUUGCCUCCUUUAUUAUUAAUUUCGUUGCAAAAUUGGCGAUUAUCGAUAAAAUUGCGAACAUUAACAGGUUCUAUACGAUUUUCUAUCGAACAAAAAUUAAUAAUAAUAAUAAAAAAAAAAAAGAGCAGCUUCGAGGUAAAUUCUAAAAAAAAAAAUCUGUAAAUAAAUCUAAAAUGGUUCCCUCUCGCGACGCAUAAUAAAAGGCAAGAAACGAUCAAGGGUGAUCGAAAGGUGAUCUCUCGAAGCGAGAGACGAAAAAGCGACUCGAGGAGCCUCGAUUCUUUCAUUCCACGGCCUAAGGUACUGUUCUUCGAGGUUCUAUCGUGCGAAUCGCACCAUCUAGGUGUCUAGGUUUGAAAGGGGAAACAGGUCGAGAGAUUGGGCGGCCAUUUGUAGAAACGACGAAUUUUUUAGAUGGAAGCGUAAUUAAUUAAAAGUGAUUCUCGGGGACAAUCCCAUUGAUGCCCGAGGAAAGAGGAACGCGUAAUUAUUUUUGUAUGAGCGGAUUAUUUAAAUGAUCGAGCGUCGACGACGACGACGAUGAUUUUUAGCGAAUGUUUUUUCAUCGGGGUGGCGUGAUUCGUUCGAAACUAACUUAAGUCCCUCUUAAUGUUUCCCUUAUAUUUAAAAAAAAAAAAAAAAAAAAAAAAAAAUGUGUACCUACUCUGCGGAUAACUGUAUUACAUCUUCCACUGCCAGUAUUUAAGUCGUGUAUAAUUUAUUCGUCGUCACGAACGAUCUGGCGCUAGAUCAUUCGCCGGAUUUAUUCUUUAUCGAUCGAUUGUUCUUAUCGCACUUUCCAGACACCACGAGUCUCGCGAUUUAUUCGAGGCAAACGAAUUUUCUACAAUAUGCAUGAUCGAGCCCUUUGCACUUUCAUUCUUCGCGUGAAAUCACAAUUUUUCUUUAAUGCUGUUGAACUUAAUUUUCAAUUUGUUCUGUCCCGUAUCUUUUUAUGAUAUUUUUCUCUUGUCUCUUUUCUUUUUUUCUUUCCAUUAGCGUUGUUGAAAUUAUUGGCAAAAGAACAAGAAAUAACAAUAAGAAAAGUGCAAAGAGUUAAGUCGAUCGGGUUAAAUCGACAAAAUACUCAGCAGUACAGUGUUCAGCGUUUUUCCAACCCUUUCGGUACGAGCGAUUUAUUUCCGAGGAACGAGAGAUCGAUGCCUGAAGAAAGGCGAACGAGUCGAAUCUUGACGUUGAAUAAUUUAACGGAUUUUUUUCCCCUUUAGAUUUUUAUAUUUAAACCAUUUUUGUAACCAUUUUUGUAUUUUGUAAGGAUUAAUUAAGUUUAAUAUAUGAAAUUGUAUUUAACGUUGCACGAUGUUACGUGUAAUUCUCUACGUUUAUAAUAUAAGUAUAAUAAUAUGAAUUUUUGUAGAAAGUGUAAAAUGAGCGAGUAUUUAUGAAGAAAAAAAAAAAAUAAUAAUAAUAAUAUAUCGAGAAGGUUUCAAUUAUCGAUUAUGAACGAAAUUCGUACCGAAAGGGGACCAACGAGAAGAAAAAUAUUUCUUAUUAUAUUUAGAUUAGAUCUAUAAUAUAGUCAUUUCUUCCUUUCCCACACGACGAUUCUACAAGUAUCUUUAUUUUAUUUUUAUUAUCAAUCGUUGUAUGUAGCAUCAUCGAUGCGAUGAUAUUUGUAAUAAUUUGCGUAAUUUCACUUUUAUAUGCAUUCUUCGCGAUCGAAGAUUAUUUUAUUAUCAUCGUGUACCCCUUUUCUUUCGAGUGGAAGCAUCGAGAAAGCGGAAACGAGACGAAAAGCAUUAUAUCGUAGCACCUUAUAUCGUCACUUAUUGUUAUUGAUUUUUCUCCUUGUAAAGGAAAAAUGAUACAGAUAAGUGUACCAUAGCGUAUUUUCUACUAGUUCAUAAUUAUUAACAUUAAUAUAAGUUGGCUAUCGCGUUGCGUUUCGAAAUUAAUUAAUUUCUUUCCCAUAUUAUAAAUUUUAUAAACUGAACAUUGUUGGUGUUAUUAACGCGUUGCUCGUUAGACGAAAAUUUAAUAUAUUUGCAAAUUAUUUAUUUUCUUCUUCUUAAUACGAACUCUUUCUCAAUCGAAUAUCAUAGAUAAGAAUUUUCAGAGAAUAAAAAAUUUUUUCUUUCUCUUAAAUUGUAAUAAUAUUUGAAUGCCACGAGCAACGUGUCGAAUUGAAUACUUGUGAAAUGAAAUUGAAAACAGGAUAAGCACACGUGAUUGAAAACUUUCAGAAUAUUGAUGAUUAUUCCAAUAAUUAUAUUAUAGAAUAUACACAUGGAUAUA